AUGCGUACUUACGACGACGCCUUCAGCGGCCAGAAGAUCUACCCUGGCAAGGGCAAGCUGUUCGUCCGUGGCGACAGCAAGAUCUUCCGCUUCCAGCGUGGAAAGUCCGAGUCCCUUUUCCUUCAGCGCAAGAACCCCCGCCGCAUCGCAUGGACUGUUCUCUUCCGUCGCCAGCACCGCAAGGGUAUCUCUGAGGAGGUCGCCAAGAAGCGCACCCGCCGUGUUGUCAAGAACCAGCGUGGCAUCGUUGGUGCUUCCCUCGAUGUGAUCAAGGAGCGCCGCUCCCAGCGCCCCGAGGCCCGUGAGGCUGCUCGCAAGCAGGCCAUCAAGGACGCCAAGGAGAAGAAGGCUGCUUCCGCCAGCGCCAAGAAGGCUGAGAAGGCCAAGACCGCCGCCGCCAAGGGCGGUGCUCAGCGCAUCCAGAGCAAGCAGGGUGCUAAGGGCUCUGCUCCCAAGGUCGCCGCCAAGUCCCGCUAA